AUGGAAGGAGAAUCCGCGGCAGACGAAUGUUAUCGGCCGUUGUCUGCUGAAGAAGAGGGAGGCGAUGGAAGCGAUGCCUUUGGUAUUGGUAGCGACGAAUUCGGUGACAAAGUUGAGAAUGGGAAAUUAGGGGUGGAGUCGGAUGCACAUGAGAAUUUCGGGGACAGCUUCUUUGACAACUGGGAAGAGAGAGCAGUCGACGGUAUUGCAGAGCUGGGGUGUAUCAAUUUCAAGGAAAUAAUUGCAAAGGAGAUUAUGAUGUGCCAUUUUCCGGAUCGAUUGGUGGCAUUCUUGUUUUACAGUUUGUAUGCGAAUAUGAAUAGUUUCGCUGUGAGGAAGAAUAAGAUUCGGCGAAAUGUGAGAAAUGAGGUUACGCAACAAGAAUUUGUAUGUUUCCGAAAGGGGUCCAGAGAAAUGGGGUCCGUUAACAACGGCAUGCGACGGAAACGUGAGCCAAAGGUGGAGACCAGAUGCGGCUGUGAGACAGAAAUGCGCGUCCAUGUGCACUCGGAAAGUGGUAGAUGGAUAACAUCGUACUUUCAGGACGUUCACAACCACGAGUUGUUGGACGAUAGACUGACUUUCAUGCUACCGGGGCAUAGGAAAAUGGAUGCAGCCGCCCUGGAACAAAUGAACAUGAUGCUUAGAGUUGGGAUUAAAAUGCCACAGAUUUAUUCAUCUUUUGUGCACACUGCCGGGGGAUUCCAAAACCUUCCGUUUCUAAAGAGGGAUAUGUAUAACCAGACAGGCAAGCAACGGAGGCUCAUUGGCGGGGAUGCCACAGCUUGCCUUAAGUUCUUGGAAUCAACGGCGCAGGCGAAUCCAGGAAUGUUUGUGCGUUAUUUGGUGGACAAGGACGGUUGUUUGGUGCAUCUGUUUUGGUCUGAUAAUUGCAGUCAGCUAGAUUAUAGUUUGUUUGGGGAUGUCGUGGCAUUUGAUGCGACAUAUCGGAAGAAUAAGUGUAUGUGUCCACUGGUUGUGUUUCCUGGAGUCAACCACCAUAACCAAACAAUUGUGUUUGCCGAUGCGCUAGUUGCAAAUGAGAAUGAGCAGACUUACACCUAG